UUCUCCAAGGAGAAAUACAUCCUUGAUUCAUCACCAGAGAAACUUCACAAGGAGCUAGAAGAGGAACUGAAGCUGAGCAGCACCGACCUGCGCAGCCAUGCUUGGUACCACGGCCGCAUCCCCCGGGAGGUGUCCGAGAGCCUCGUGCAGAGGAAUGGUGACUUCCUCAUCCGCGACUCACUCACCAGCCUGGGUGACUACGUGCUGACGUGUCGCUGGCGCAACGAGCCCCUCCAUUUCAAGAUCAACAAGGUGACAGUCAAGUCCAGUGAUGGCCAUACCCGUGUCCAGUACCUCUUUGAGCAGGAGAGCUUUGACAACGUGCCUGCCCUUGUCCGCUUCUACGUGGGCAACCGCAAGGCCAUCUCCGAACAGAGCGGAGCCAUCGUCUACUGCCCCAUCAACCGCACCUUCCCGCUGCGCUACCUGGAGGCCAGUUAUGGGCUGGCCAACGGGAAGCAUGGGGGAUCCCACAGCCCCUCCACCCAGAAAGGGGGGCACAUCAAGAGGAGGAGCAUCACCAUGACAGACGGCCUGACCGCAGACAAAAUCACCAGGGCUGAGGGGUGCCCGACCAGCGUGUCCCUGCCCCACCACAGAGACAUCAUUCGCAACUGUGCCGUCAGUGUGGAUCAGAUCCAGGACCUGCACUCCCCGAUGUCCCCCAUCUCCGAGAACCCAGCGUCACCCGCCUACAGCACAGUUACACGACUAAAGCCUCAUGCCUGCCAAGCAGCUGGGAUCUCCCCGGCCUCUCCAGUCAUAAGAAGGUCCAGUGAGCCCCAGCUGUGCCAUGGGAACAACAGCAAACCUCUGCCAGACCCUGCCCACAGCUCCCAUUCAACUCCCUGCCAUGGGUACGCCCGUGCCUCCCCCUCUCCCUCCGUGAACAGCUACAGCGACCCGGACACGGGGCACUACUGCCAGCUGCACCCCACCUCACCCAUCAACAGAGACCGGCCAGCUCAUGACACCAAGCAGUUGCCAACAAAGAGUUAUGUGGAGAGGCUAAAGGUGGAGGAAGGACAGAGAGGGACUGUGGAGAACAGCUCUGGGGAAGCAGAGGCAGGGCAGAGGCUGAAAGCAGAGCCGGACUUCAUGGGCUUUGUGCCCCCCACCAUGGAAGCAACCUCCUCCUUCAACCCUGCUGCCUUCCAGUCCCUGCUCAUCCCCCUGGAGAACAAACCUCUGGAGAUGACCGUGCUCAAGAAGGUCAAAGAGCUGUUGGCAGAGGUGGACGUGAAGACACUGGCCAAACACAUCACCAAAGUGGACUGCCUGGUCGCCCGGAUAUUGGGUGUGACGGUGGAGAUGCAGCGGCUCAUGGGGGUGAGCUCUGGCAUGGAGCUGCUCACCCUGCCCCACGGCCACCAGCUCCGCCUCGACCUGCUGGAACGGUUCCACACCAUGUCCAUCAUGAUCGCCGUGGACAUCCUGGGCUGCACGGGCAGCACGGAGGAGCGCGCGGCCCUGCUCCACAAAACCAUCCAGCUGGCUGCCGAGCUGAAGAGCACCAUGGGGAACAUGUUCAGUUUUGCAGCUGUGAUGAAUGCUUUGGAAAUGACACAGAUCGCGCGGCUGGAGCAGACCUGGAUGGUGCUGCGGCAGCGGCACACGGAGGGCGCAAUCCUCUACGAGAAGAAGCUUAAGCCAUUCCUGAAGAGCCUGAAUGAAGGGAAAGAAGGGCCUCCGCUGACCAACACCACCUUUCCCCACAUCAUACCCCUUGUGACUCUCCUGGAGCGGGAUGAGGCUCUCACGGACAGCCCCGAGCCCUGGGAGGCCACAGACAAUGGCGUGGAGGUGGUCAUGGCGCACCUGGAGGCAGCACGGAUGGUGGCCCACCAUGGUGGUCUCUACAACACCAAUGCUGAGGUGAAGCUACAGGGUUUCCAGGGCAGAGCAGAGCUGCUGGAGGUCUUCAGCACCGAGUUCCAGCUGCGGCUGUGGGCCAGCCGUGGGGCUGAGAGCAGCCAGGCCGAGCGCUACGAGAAGUUCGACAAGGUCCUCACUGCCCUGUCCCACAAGCUGGAGCCAGCGGUGCGCUUCAGUGAGCUGUAA